GCCAAGUGCGCUGCACCACUCGCACCGGCUGGGGGCGAGCAGAUCUCGAGCAGCCGCCGCCGCAGCCGUUGCGACCGCCGCAGCGGAGUUCAGAGGGCCCGGAGGUGGGAGACGUCCCACACGGUGACUGAGAUGUCGUCCGCCGCAGCCUUAUACCUUCUCUCUACCCUGGGAGGGUACUUGGUGACCUCAUUCUUAUUGCUUAAAUACCCGACCUUGCUGCACCAGAGAAAGAAGCAGCGAUUCCUCAGUAAACACAUCUCUCACCGCGGAGGUGCUGGAGAAAAUUUGGAAAAUACAAUGGCAGCCUUUCAGCAUGCAGUUACAGUUGGAACUGAUAUGCUAGAAUUGGACUGCCAUAUCACAAAAGAUGAACAAGUUGUAGUGUCACAUGAUGGGAAUCUAAAGAGAUCAACUGGAGUCAAUGUAAAUAUCUCUGAUCUCAAGUACUGUGAGCUCCCACCCUACCUUGGCAAACUGGAUGUAACAUUUCAAAAAGCAUGCCAAUGUGAAGGAAAAGAUAACCGAAUUCCAUUACUGAAGGAAGUUUUUGAGGCCUUUCCUAACACUCCCAUUAACAUCGAUAUCAAAGUCAACAACAAUGUGCUGAUUAAGAAGGUUUCAGAGUUGGUGAAGCAGUAUAAACGAGAACACAUAACAGUGUGGGGUAAUGCCAGUUAUGAAAUUGUAGAAAAGUGCUACAAAGAGAACUCAGAUAUUCCUAUACUCUUCAGUCUACAACGCGUUUUGCUCAUUCUUGGCCUUUUCUUCACCGGCCUUUUGCCUUUUGUGCCCAUUCGAGAGCAGUUUUUUGAAGUUCCAAUGCCUUCUAUCAUAUUGAAGCUAAAAGAACCACACACCAUGUCCAGAAGUCAAAAGUUUAUCAUCUGGCUUUCUGAUUUUUUACUAAUGAGGAAAGCUUUGUUUGACCACCUCACUGCCAGAGGCAUUCAAGUGUAUGUUUGGGUAUUAAAUGAAGAACAAGAAUACAAAAGAGCUUUUGAUUUGGGAGCAACCGGGGUGAUGACAGACUAUCCCACAAAGCUUAAGGAUUUUUUACAUAAUUUUUCAACAUAGAAAAAGAAUUACUCAGAAGCACUCAAAGAAAAUGUGAGAAGACCUAAGGAAAAAAAAACAUCUCACCAUCAUUUCCCUGAGCCAUUCCAGAAUGGUAAAAGUUUUAAUCAAUUAAGUUUUUAUUACCUCAUUUUUAAGCCUGUAUGAGAAUGUAGAAACUAUAUAUUGUAUAUUUAUUUUAAACAAUAUUACAUAUUUUACACUUAUAAAUUGUUUAGAAAGAUGACUGGUUGUGACAUAUAAGUAGAUUAUUGAUCAAGAUUUCUGUAUAUGAUCGAUCCAGUAUUCUUCUGUUGUAAGUAAUUUUUUAAUCAAAGACUGUUGGUUAAAUUUGAUAUUAGCCUUCACUGGAAUAAGAUCAACUAAUUAGUAAAAGAAAAUUAGUUAGGACCAACAGAUGGCAUGGAGGUUAAGGCACUGAAUUUCCACAUGGCCAACUAUGGUUCAAGUCCCAGAACUGGCAGCUUU